GCUGAAGACCCUCAGCUCCCCAGAAUGAGGAGAAAAAGAAGAAAAGCCUAUAAAAAAUGGAAAAUCUUGAAUGCCACAGUAUGUGGACCUCAGUCUGCUCAUCAAGCAUGCCAAAACAAUAUAAAAGAUCUUGAAAAGGAAGUAAAAGAGGAUACCUCAGAGGCUGUGUUUCAUCAGACUGAGGCAUUAGGGAAAUCUAAGGAAAAUGGAGAUAAGCGUGCAUCUGCUUCUGUGAAUGGAAAGCAGGAUUCCCCUUUACUCCCUAAAGAUAAGAAACAAUCUCCAUCUGACAGCAAAAUAAGUAGGGAGAAGGAAAGUGAUGAUUCUGUUUCAUCCAUUUCUUAUCAACUAGAAAAAGUCUUACCAGUGGUCAUGUUUAAUGACUGUGAAGAAUUAUUAUCAGGAAAAAUUACACUGAAGAAUUUCCCAAGCACAGUAGAAGCCUUUAAACCAGCAAAAGGCAAAAUUAUUACAGAAGUGAAAUGUGGAGUUUUCAAUGUCCAAGUAGAAAUCAAAAACAGACUUUUCUGUGAAACAGGAAUGCAGUUUCCAACAAAAAAGAGAUGUCCAAAAUGUCACCAGCAUUACACUGUCAGACACAUUCCGAGAUCCUACACUUCUAGGAGCUGCUCCUCUACAUAUAAGAAUAUACUGAUAGAAGAACUAAAACUUGAGGCACCAUCUAAAUCUGAAGGAGAAAUCACCAGAACUGAGAGCCCCUUACUCAAAGUAAGUAUUGUAGGGAAAGGAAUUAAAGUUAAAUACAUGAGUAAGAAACAGAAUAUUUUAAUUAAUGUAACUUAUCCUAAAAUAAGGGGGAAAAUAGCUAAACACAGAAACAUUUCCAUCAGUCACAGUACUAAAGCAUGCUCCAAGUCAUCUGCACAUGCUGAUACGAGGCCCCCAGAAAAGUGGCAGCUUGAAAACAAGCAUCAGAGCUCAGAUUGUUGGCAUGCCCAGAAGGAGAAUUUUAAUACUGUUGUGGUUUCUUUAUGCUCAACCCCUGAGAGGGAGAAGAAUAAGCCUCACACACUAUCUUCAGCCUUAGACGACAAUGAGGUGGAAUCCGCCAUCUCUCAAAGGAACUUUAAAAUUAGUCAGAACACCCCUGAAAAGAAACACUUCAGUGAGGCUGAGACUGUUCUCAAAAAUGUUCUUAUUUCACGUGAUACCCUAAAGACCACAAGUUUAAGUGACACAUAUGUAAGUAAAAUCCCUUUUGAGGAUGCCAAGGAUGUGGAUAGAGAGAGGAAAAAUCAUUUUGAUACAGGAGAAAAUAUAACAUCAGAAUCAGAUAUACGACGAAGCCCCGAAGGAAUAAAUUACUUGCCAAGCACCAUUACUGACAUCUUCCCAGUUCAAGAUGGCAAAGGCUCUGACUUCUGUCCUUCCUCUUCUCUGAGCAUGCAGCUCGUUGGAGAAAAGGCAGCCAACACUUAUAGCAAAGGCAGCAAAAUUCCACCUGCAGAUCGCUGUGAGAACUCACAUUCUUUAUCUUUCCCUUCCAGCCAGAAUGCUCCAAAGUCUUCCACCCCAUUCAGCCCAUCCCACUGGGCCACAGCACAUUCAGAACCUAAAGAAACCCCCGGGGAUACACUUUUCUUUAAUCAGUGUGCUGAAUUUUUGAAAGAUUAUGAGGAAGAACAUGUUGAUAUGAAUGACCGAGACUUUAGCAAAGUCAUUCCACAUGGUGACUCUCGUAUGAAAGCAUAGCAACUAUUGGUGAUGAAGGGUGCUCAGUGGGUGCCUCUCAGCCCGGUGUCCUCCUGCAGCCUGGCUGCCAGCAGCCCACUCAGCAGUAGCGACCGCAGCACUGUGAAACGGGGCCAAACAAAAUCCCGGGCAAGUCAUCCAGAGACAGCAGCCUCCAGCAGAACAAAAGCACCAGUCACGACCUCAGUAACUGAUGAGUUAGAACAAAGAUUAAUUAUUCAAAAUGAUAAAGAAGGCUCAGUUUAUUCCAAUAAUCCCAUUGGAAUGAAAAACCCUAAAGAGUCACCCAGCUCUCUGGGAUAUAUUGAAAAUGACAAAUUCCAGAUGAUGUCAGUGGUAAAGAAUGCAUGCCACAGAGAGUUUGAAGACUUACCAAAUGAGAAUCAUGAUGAAUUCUGCUUUCAAAAGGAUUUCCCAAACACUGGUGAAUUCAGCUGUUCAAUGUGUGCUACAGAUAAUGUGUUUCUUAUUGAUAAAACACUGACCAACGAUGCAGACCAAUAUGGUAACCAUGAUGCAACAAACCUUGGACUAACCAGUUUUAAACAGGAGCCAACAGAGUGCCGAAGGAUUGCCUCAACAAAGCCAAACGAUGGUGGAGAUAAAACUGACCCAGAGGAAGCUCACUAUCACCAAGUAGACAUAUUGCUCUCACCUCAGAAGCAGACAGCUUUAAAAGAUUGGAAUUUGGAAAUAAAUAGCCUCCACAAGUUAUCUGAGGAAUUGGCUCCAAGAGGUACAAGGGUCAGUGAUGGUUCCCAGGAGGAAGCAAUGGACCAGUGGGCCAGGAAGAGGCAGCAAUUCAAAGAUGGCAAAAGAUGCAGCUCAGCAGGGGGAAGUUCAUUUGCCAGCAGCAUCACUGAAGGAUCUGUCACGUCAGAAGAUGGCUGUUCUGUGGAUCUUGUCUUUCGAGUUAAUCUUGAGGAAAAAGGAUUCUACACGGAGAAUUUCCAUUCAGCAGCAUGGAUUUUCCAAGGGGAUGAUGGGAAUCCUGAAUACAGUCCCAGAUGUCUUAGUAAAAAGCGGCCAGUAGCUGUUCGCGAGCGGACCGUGAGGCCAAUCAAAGGAACUGGUGAUUAUCCCUGGGGAUUCCAAAUUCAAUUCUCCAAACCCAUUGUAGUAACUGAAGUGGAUGCUAACAGCGCAGCAGAGGAAGCCGGGCUUCAGAUUGGAGAUAGGGUGCUGGCUAUCAACGGCACCGAGGUCACCAGUGCGCAGCAUGCGGAAGCUGUGCACCUUGCAAGGAAAGGUCCAGACAUACUGACUCUGGUGGUGGGAUCAGAUAUCAGCCGCUGUCCCAGUUCCCCUUGGCCCACCUGCUGUGGCUACCUACAUAAGAGGACUCACUCUGGCUUCGUGAAGGGUUGGAGGAAGAGAUGGUUUGUGCUGAAGCAUGACAGCUGCCUCCACUACUACAGACAUAAGAAGGAUGAAGGAAAAUGCCCGCCUCUAGAGGUGAUAAAAUUAGAAGGUGCAGAAGUUGGCAUUGAUAGCAGUUUGGGAAAACCAUUUGUGUUCAACUGUGUGCCUCAGUCUGGCAAUAGAGCAUUUUGCCUGUGUGCCACCUCAAACCAAGAAAUGAAAAGAUGGCUUGAGGCAAUGGGCAAAGCAACCCAUCCUGUCCGCCAGAACCAUGUCUGGGAAGAUGUUACUCUGCACAACAGUAGCCUCCCGCCCCUGGCUAUCAAGAACCCAGAGUGCCUGGGCCUUUUGCACCAACUGGACUGCAGCACAGACAUGUGGGUCCAGCACUACUGCAUUCUCAAGGAUGGCUGCUUGUACGUCUAUGCUAGCAUUCGCUCCACUCAGGCCUCAGGUGGCCUGUAUCUACAAGGAUAUAGGGUGAAUGAGCUGACCCUUAGUAUCAAGCAAUCAAUGAUUAAACUCAAACCUCCAUCACAAGAGCUCAGGACUUUCUAUUUCUGUGCAGAAAAUAAGACAGAAAACCAACGCUGGAUUGCAGCUUUGAAAAUGUCCAUCAAACAAUGGCUUCCUUUGCAUCAGGCUAUUCAGGAACUCAUGGGUUGGCCUCUAGAGGAGACCAGAAUGUGAAGAAACUCAAAUCUUAAGAGAAAUGAUCCACAAAAUCAUCAGCUAGCUGUGGGAAGAACAAAAACAUUUAGUAUUGCAUAGUUUUUAAAUGAAUAGUCCCAUAAUAUCUUAAAACUUUAGGAUGAGAUCAUAAUUUGUUUUUGACCAGAGCACCAAAAUCUAAUAUGACACUCAGAUAAUGCAACUUAUAACAGCAUCAUUAAUAACCCCAUAUUUUCCCUCAGGCUGCCUUUGUUAGCAUCAAAAUAUAGUAUGCCUUAUACUCCUCUUUUGAAACAUAAAUAAAAUAAAAGUUGAUUUAUUUUAUUUUCUCUUUUCUACUCUUUGCUAAAUGUUCUGCUCUGUGCUCUGGCUGUAGGACUGCUAGAAUGCUUACAGGCCAUGAUGUGGGAAGCUAAUAUU